AUGGCGUCCGCGGAGGAGGCUUUGCCGCGUCGUGUGACCCGGGAGCUAAACGAAGCCUCGCUGAAACUUAUGGAAAGAACAGGAUACACCAUACGGCAAGAAAAAGGGCAAAGAAAGUACGGCGGUCCACCUCCUGACUGGGAAAGCUCGGCUUCUUUAAAGGGUUGUGGAAUUUUCGUCGGAGGUAUUCCAAAAGACUGUUUUGAAGACGAGCUUGUUCCAGUAUUUGAGAAGAUAGGGAAGAUUUACGAAAUGACACUCGUAAUGAACCCCCGCUCUUUAUCCCAUAGAGGAUAUGGAUUCGUUAUAUACACUGACAAAGAACACGCGAAUCAAGCGGUAAAGGAGCUUAACAACUACGAAAUUCGUAAAGGCCAGCUCUUGGGUGUUUGCAACUCACCCAGGAGAGUUUUGCACGUGAGGAACCUUAGGUCGACAACUACAGAAGACAAAAUUAGAAAGCUGUGCAGUCAAGUUGUGGGAAGAGACAAUGCUGUGGAAAGAGUAAAGAAGAUAAGAGAUUAUGCAUUCAUUCAUUUUAGAGACAGAGAUGCUGCUAUCAUGGCCAUGACUAAACUUAAUGGAAUGAAUGUUGAAGGUGCUUACAUUGAGGUUGUAUGGGCGAGAGGAAGAAAGCAGGCUAAUCAGGACUGCCACUUGGGUGAGGUUGAUAGAGCAUACAACAGAGGCCAGGAAGCGUUGGAAUCUUGGAAGCAGAAAGAAGUAUCAUAUGUCAGGGCUAAUCAGGACUGCCACUUGGGUGAGGUUGAUAGAGCAUACAACAGAGGCCAGGAAGCGUUGGAAUCUUGGAAGCAGAAAGAAGUAUCAUAUGUCAGGGGCUAUGGCUAUGAUCCUAGUUACUCGCCUCCAUCGUAUUACAACCCGAUGUCUCCACCACCCGCAAGCAGGGCGUUGGCAGAGCGAGGUCCCAUGGGGAUCAGAAGCCCUGUGGGAGGCCGAGGGAUGAUGAUGGGGUGGGGCUUUAGGAAACAUCCAGCAGAGGUGCUCGAUGACCUUUGCCAGAAGAAUGGAUGGGGAAGUCCUGUAUACCAGCUUCAUUCUCACAUGGGAAGGGAUGGAAGUGGUGCCCAACAGCUCUUAAAGCUCUUUUUCUACAAGAUCACCAUACCAGCUCUCGGUACUCAGUUUCCAAAUGGUAACCCAUUUACCCCAAAUAAACUGUGUUUUACUGUUGAGGGGGCAAAGGUUUUUGCAGCAGAGUACACUUUGAUGCAGUUAGGUGUGCCUCUUGAAGGUAAAGUUAGUGUCCAGAGAAAAAAGGAAAGACAAACAAAUACUUCACCGCCCAAGCAAGUUUGUCUGAACCAGGGAGUUCUAUUAAUCGAGGAAACAUGCUUUAACGCCUGAAUGUAAGAUGACAUUCUUUAUGAAAAACGAUAGUUUCAGCUCCCACAAUUUCAUUUUAUAAUUUAUGACCAUUAUUUACCUCUAAAAAUAUUUCAUAUUCAGGUGAAUUUUUAGGGCAUGAAUUAAGUUUACUAUAAAAAAAAAACGAAAAAAAAAUGAUCUGUCUUGCUUCUUGUUCAGUGUUUUUCUGUAUCUCAUUGUCAGGAUGGAAGGGUUCCUGCAGAAUACAGGAACAUUCGGGAUUCCGAAGAAAUAACCCAGAUGUUGUUUGAUGCAAGGACACUGAAUGCUUACAGAGAGGUGAAGUAUUGGUGUUGUGUGCUUAAUUAUCUCAUGUUUAACUGGACAUCAUGCUUGGUUAUCAUUCUAGGCGAGUGGGUUCGUUUAUAUUAAAGAGCUGUAUGCAGAUUUAUGUUAAUAAGGUUAAUAAUAAUAAUAUAACAAUAAUAGUACAAAGAACAGGGCCUUGAGGAGAAAAGGCCUAUAUAGGCCAUAUACGUGAAUAUUUCUGAACACACUGCCUCUUUUCUGCAUCAUUCCACCAGUACACAUGUACCAUGUCCUAAUGCCAUAGGCAGUGCAAAGCUCAAGGAUGUACGUUCAUGGUUUUCACUCAAUACUUUGAGUACUGACCAUGUGUUUAUGAAAUAUUACACUAUGUAAAGUUACAACUCCCUGAAGUCAUUGUUAUAAAUGUGUAUAAAGCUUCAUUAUCAAAUGUACUUGUAGUGCAUCUG